AUGUCAAAAAAUAGCAAAAGGGUGUGUUUCAGUCCUGAUGUCAACGAGAAAUCAACCGUCUUUCUCAAGCACGAUGGCGAGGGUGGCAGUUUGUCGCCGGUGAGCUUUUUGCUGCGACUAGGAGAGAAGAUGAUGGCGGGAGCUAUGAAGGUUGUUUCUAUAAGAAGAAGAUCUUCAAGAAAGGUGUCUUCUUCCACCAUGGUUAGGUCACGUUCCUUAUCUGCAGGCUCUUCUGAUUCUCAUCGAGCUGAAGCUGUUGAAGAUUGUAUCGAGUUCUUGCAUUCUUCUUCUUCUAGAGAGAGACCCAGUUGA